AAUUUGCUUGCAAUGCCCCUGGUCACACCUGCCACCCUAAAAAAAAAACUUACAAAAACGGCGAUUAAUUCAGCGCUGAAAAUCAUACGCCUCGCGUCUAUCCGCGUCGCAAUGCACAGUCGUAGCUUGCUGCCGGAUCCGGCUGUCUAUCAGCCGGAUACCCUGGACCUAAACACGGAUGGAAAGGCCGCGGAUUACUGGUUCAACUGCUUUCGCGACAUGGUGGCCAAGUUCGCGAAGGUGGCGGCCAAGUCGCAGGAGGAGGAUCACACGGCCACCCAGAGGGCGGAGCAGUUCCAGGCGGCGUAUCUGGAGCGGCUGGAGGAGCACCAGCGGAAUGUUCCAGUUAACAAGGGCAAGGUGGUUCUGGGCACCAGUGAGCUUCUCAAGCUAAACGAAACCCUGUUGCGCCGCUACGGAUUUGCGGAUCCCUGGCUCAGACAAAAGAAGCUGGAGAAUGCCUCGGCUGUGGCCCGUUUGAAGCAGCGCCUCCAGGAAUUGGAUGCCCUGGAGGAUGAGGACACCAGGUGGACAGAGCUGGUACGCGGUGUCCUCGCCGGCAACAUGUUUGACUGGGGUGCACAGGCCAUAUCUAACAUCCUGGAGCAGGAUAGCAAUUUCGGACUUCAUUCAGCCCUGGAACGUAUUGAGAAGCGACCAUGGCUGCUGGACAACCUGGACAACUGGUUGAAUCGCCUCAAGGGCGAGCCCCACAAGUGCGCCGUGGUCUUUGUAGACAACAGCGGCGUGGAUGUAGUCCUGGGAGUGCUACCCUUUGUCCGAGGACUCCUGAAACGAGGCACCAAGGUGCUGCUCUGUGCCAACAGUGAACCUGCUCUUAAUGAUGUGACCAGCGAGGAGCUAAGAUCCUUGCUGGACGACUGCUCGCGGGAGUGUGAGGUCCUGGGGCAGGCCUGGUCAAAGGGACAACUACUGGUCUAUGCAAAUGGACAGACUGGUCCCUGCCUGGAUAUGCGCACUCUGCCCAAGGAGCUGUGCGACGCCAUCGCUGCCAAUGAGACUGACCUGCUUGUGAUCGAGGGCAUGGGACGCGCCCUGCACACAAAUCUGAAUGCCCGCUUCGGCUGCGAGACCCUCAAGCUGGCCGUGAUUAAAAACAAAUGGCUGGCCAAGUACCUGGGCGGCGAGAACAUGUUCGCCGUCGUCUGCAAGUUCGAAGCGGCUGCGCCCAGCUAGUCCAGGAGUCACCACGUUCAUUGUUAUUCCUUGUUGAUAAACAAACAAUAUCCUCGGUCCUUGUUCAGUUCGAAAUUAUUGUUAUAGUCCACAGAACUGCUGCCACUAACCACAACCCACAAACCAAUCCCAUCCCUCGAUCUACCGAUGAGAUUCAUAUGUGUAUAAAUGUAAUCUUAAUGCAAGUGCUUUCGUGGUCACCUUACCCAUAUAACCGCAAAAACUUUUAAUAAUUAAAAACAAGAAUAUAUAAUAA